AUGAGAAUCAAAGUGAUAAACUAUUCUCUCCAAAAAGACAUGUCUUUUGGAAAAGCAUUACAGUCAGUGACAGUAUUCAUUGUCAUUCCUUUGAUGCUUGCUGUUCAUUCCAAUAAAAUAACAUUACAAGCAGCAUUGGAUUUAAUAGUUUGGUAUAUAGCAGUAGCGUUCUUUAUUUAUAUUUUUAAAACACCGUUAAAAUUAUAUUUCAUAGUCAAAGAGAAAUCAUUGCAUCUCAAAGAUCUACAACAAAUCAAUCCCGAUAGCGAAGUCGUAAAGAAUCAUCUACAAGAAUUAUUUACAAUAGAAUGGAAUAUAUUUAAUAAAGAAUUACAAUAUCUAUUCAUUAGAUUACUUACUAUUUCUUCUCUAUCUUUUCAAUAUUAUGUCCGUUUGUUGCAUUGUUUAGUUGCGUCGUUUGUCACUACCUAUCAACCUAUAUUCUAUGUAAUCGAUCACUUUAAGAAGCGAAUGGAUGAGUUGUAUUCCGGUGUGGAAACAAUCGAUUUUACACUUGGUGGAAUUGGCGGUGGUGGUGGUGGAAGUGGAGUAGGUGUCUCCACAGAGUCGGGUGGAUCUUCUUCACCCAACAGAGUCAGCGGUACUGAUAGAUAUAUAAUUAUCUAUCUUUCAGAAUUAAUUGCACAUUGA